AUGAGAAAUGACAGAGACCACUAUUUAGGACUUUCAACAACACAUGAGAAAAUAACACAAGAUUUACAAUCUUUGAAAGAGCAAAUAAGAAAAGCACGUGAACAAGAUGAUUUUUUUGAAAACGAUCUUCAAAAUUGGAUAGCCACAUUAGACAUAUUAAAGAAAGACUCAACUAAUGUGGUAACGUCAAAUACCAUGGAAGUAGAUCAAACAUUACCAUUGAUUUAUCAGAUUCGAAUCGCUGCAAUAUCUUCGACGAUGAAUACGAUUGAAGGUAGAAAUAAAAGUAGAUCUCAAUUGCAAGAAGCAAAACCCAGUACAAUAAGUUCUAGUGAAGAAAAACAUGCACGUGACAAAGAUAUACCACCAAACUCAGUCAAUCUAAUACCUUCGUGUUUACAAUAUACAAAGCACGAUGGAGUCUACGUGAAUCCAAAACCAUUAUUUGUUACAGCUAUGCCAGUUGAUAAUCUUACAGUGAAAUCUGGAUGUUAUAAAGGUCGAAAACCUGUUUUACCAAAUAUUCAGAUUAUUGAGUAUUUGCAACAAUACAAUCCUAUUCCACCAGAUGAAACUCUUUAUGCCGCUUCACAAGCCGAAAAUCGCAUUAUAAAAUUAUGA